UUACUAUAUGAAAUUUUCCUGGAUCAAAAUUUGCUGAUAAAACAGAUUCAAAAUGUUGUCCACACGAAGUAGGUUUAAGGUUUUGAAUGAAAUAGCUGAAGAAGAAAAUGCAUCUUUUACUUCUGGUAAUGGAGAAAAUGAUAAGUUACUCCAGGCUGCAGCCAAACGAGAGAGACGUCGUCAAAAGAUCACUAUAGAACUGUUUGAGUCAGAAAAAACCUACUUGUCUCAUCUUGAAUUAGUGAACAAGCAUUUCGAUUUCCCACUUCGAUUCAACUGUCUGAUUCCUGAGAAUGUACAUGCAAAGAUAUUUAGCAACACAGAACAGAUCAUGGAAGUCAACAAAACAUUACUGGAAUACAUGGAGGAGAUGACUGUGGGAGAAGCAUUUCGUUACCUUGGACCUUUCCUAAAGUUGUACUCUUCCUAUGCUAACAAUCAUGGAACAGCAGUGUCUACAUUACAGGAAUGGAUGCAGAAGAGUCCAGAUUUUGCUCAGUUUAUUCACACACAAGAGGAAAAACCAGAAGUGAAAGGAUUGAAGAUUAACGCUUUACUUAUCACCCCUGUGCAACGAGUGCCAAGGUAUAAAUUGCUGCUAGAAGACCUCAUGGAAAAUACAAGUCCUGAUCAUCAUGACUACACACAUUUACAAGAAGCCACGAAACAGGUCACUGACAUUGCCGCCCACAUUAACGACCAUAUCAAGCAACAUGAUAACUUUCAGAAGAUGUUGUGCAUACAGAAAAGCUUUGACAGUUCAGCUCCUAAGAUACUGGCCCCAGGUAGAGAAUUCAUCAAGGAAGGGCCACUAAAAAAGGUUUCCAGAAGGGGAGGUAAGCCACUGGAUCGGAUGUUUUUCCUUUUCUCAGACAUGCUGAUCUAUGGCAAGCCCAAGUUUUUGGAUAGUGGUAACAAAUCUUACUCCUGUUGUUGUGUACUGCCCCUCAAACACUGCGAGGUAGAGCGUGUGUUUGGCACUGUUAAAAAAACAGGAGGAGAUGCUGGAGGCAUGUUCAAGGUCAGCUGUAAAGAUGAGAACCUGCUGUUGUACACAAAUGAUCAGGAGGAGGCAAAGUCCUGGAUCACAGCUCUGGAGACUCAUAUCAGGAAGUUGAGCAGUAACCGAUCAACACUGAGGAAACCAAGCAGCACUAAGGCUCCAAUGAGGGGGAAGUCUCUCUUCAAACAUCGACAAAAGGAACGCAAAAUGGAUGAUCAGCAAAAGGCAAAGAUACAGUGCAAAGAAAAUAAGUCAAAAACAAUACGCUUCAGUGGCUCACCAAUAAAAAAUGGAUUAUCUCCCCUUAGAAAUCAGAUUCGUGCUUUAUCUGACAUUGAGCUCAACAUAAGUAACUGUCGCUCACCCAGCAAGAAAUGCCGUUUAGAUGCCAGCCAGAUCUCAACUCCUGUAGCUGUUUCUAUGACAAGAAAUGGGAAACCAUACAGACCACAUUCCUUGGAUCUGUCUGAUGUAGAAUUUGAGGCUGGGUCUCCAGACCAUGACCUUUUCCCCUCCUCCACAGACUUGGACUGUAGUGACGGGAUUGAGGAUUCUGAUGUUGUGGAGAAUGAGGCCAAUAGAGUUGUAGAUAACACAGCCAAUCAUACAGAGGAAAACACUUUCAUGCAAAUGACAAUGGAUGACCUUGGGGAAGCAGAUGUUGACCUUGACUCAUUUUGUAAAGCUCCCAGUAGAGAGAAAAGUAACAGUACAUCAACUGUACCUCAGGAUGUUUAUUAUCCUAAUAGUUACCACCUAGAUUCCAAACCAUCUCAUUCCCGUCAUUCACUCCAAAGGUUGGCAUCUGGAAGUCGUAAGAUCAAAAAGAGGUGUGGAGAGGCUCUGAGUAGUGCUUAUAAUCGAAUACAGGAGACAAAGUCUAACUGUUCUAUACAGUAG